AUGAUAGUGUCAAAUCCGCUUUAUAGUACCAGUUAUUAUGGUAUAUUGACUGGUAUCUCAAAACAAUGUCCUGUAACAACAGUCCUACAAAAACUUUUGUUGGCUAUUCAACAAGGUACUCUUCAUGCUUCUACAACAUUCCGUAUGGAGUCAUUGUCGUCCACUUCAGAAGAACCUCAAAUUAGUGUGAAACUAAUAUCAACAUUAUUAUUGAAUUCAUUAAAUUUUAAUCAAAAUCAUUUUAAAAAAACACAAAAAUUUAAUAUUGAAUUAUGUCAUCAUUUAACAUUGAAUACACUAUCCCAUCAUUUAAAUAUUAAAUUAUUAUCUAUUACAGAGAUAUAUAAAUAUAUACCCAAAAUAAGUAUUAUCAUUAUUGCAUAUAAUGAAAAUUCAAUCAUUAUAAAAAAUACAUUACAAAGUAUAUUAGUGAAUACAUCAUUAUUAUUAUCCAAUAAUAAUAUAAAAGAGAUUAUAUUAAUUGAUGAUUAUAGUAAUCCACCUAUAGAUGAUGAUCAAAUUAGAACAUUAAGCAAAAUUAUACGUGUAAUACGAAAUGAAAAUCGAGUGGGUUUAAUUAAAUCACGUAUGAAUGGUGCACGGAAUGCCACUGGUGAGAUACUAGUAUUUCUUGAUGCUCAUGUUGAAACAUUGGAAUAUUGGUUAGAACCGUUAGUUGUCCAACUGAUAAGCUUAAGAAAACAACACCAACAAGAAAAAAAUGGACAACUAAAUCUACCGAGUCAACAGGAUGAGAAAAGAACUUCAAAAUUACCAUAUAAUGCAAAACAUUUUAUUGUCAGUCCACUUAUCCUGUCAACACUAGACAAAUCAGAUUAUGAUAAUAUUGAAGAUAAUUUAUAUUUAGGAGGUUUCACAUGGGAUUUAAUAUUUCGAUGGCAUCAUAUUCAUGAAAAUGUCACACCAUUAUCAAUCAAGUUUAAUAAAACUGAUGCAUAUCAUUUAAUUUAUCCAAUUAAAACACCAGCAUUAGCUGGUGGUUUAUUUGCUGUAUGGAAAGAUGAUUUUUUUAAUUAUGGUGGAUAUGAUGAAGAAAUGAAUAUAUGGGGUGGUGAGAAUAUUGAAUUAUCACUUAGAACAUGGAUGUGUCAUGGACAAAUUGAAAUCAUUCCAUGUAGUCGUGUUGGUCAUAUAUUUCAUAAUGAACAUCCAUAUACAUUUCCUAUGGGUAAAGAAUUUACCAUUCUACGUAAUCAUAAACGUACUGUAUUAGUAUGGUUUCAACAUGAUACUAAUUUAACAUUAGCUAGAGAAUAUCUUUCUUAUUAUUAUACAGUAUCACCAAUGUCUAAAAUAAUACCUGCUGGUGAUUUAAAAUUACGUAGAACUAUUCCUAAUUCAUUAAAUUGUCAUACAUUCACAUGGUAUUUAGAGAAUAUUUAUCCUUUACUUAAACAAGAAGCUAAAAAUAUUGAAAUCAAUGAUGAUACUUAUUAUUUAACUGCUUUGAUAGUUUAUAACUAA